GAGGCUUUUUCUAGGGGUUGUGGUCAGUUUUGGGCUGGAGCAGAGCGAGUAGAGGACCAGUAACAAGUGCUUUCAUUUUCACAUCUUCACACUGCUGACUCUCCCUGAGGCUUCAGAACUGUUCCUCCAGACUUUAGUGAGGGGUGUUAGAGACAGUGAUGUGAGGAGGUGAAAGUGUGGUAGCCUCAGAGACCUAGCUGGCUGGCUUUCUUGAGGACUUUGCAUUGAUAGCAUCUUCACUUCCGUGUCUUUUUAUGAAGGCUAUUCUUAUAAGCUUCGCUUUACUUCCUUGUGUUCAGAGAAUAGAGGAACUGACCACUUUGUAACUUUGUAGCUGGUCUCUUAUCAUUAUCAUCAUCUACAUUUAGCUCUUUUUCUCGGAUUUUAUGUAUAAAAUGUGAAUAUCUCUGCUGCAGAAGGACUGCUUUUGGAUGUGAGCGUUUGUUUUCCUCUGAGGCGGGCAGAGUGCAAAGUUUUCUACCAACACACCAUUGAGUUGACUGGGUUAAUGCUUUACUAAACCAGAAGGACUCUAAUCUUCCAACUCUCUGGUGUGUGACCAGAAGCAGAGAUGGCGAGUCGGCAUGGAGACCACACGGAGUACAAGCGGAGUCUCAUAAAGCGGGACUUAGAGAUGGGCAUUGUAAUGACUGUGUACAGGCAGAAGAUGGAGAGGCUCACUGUACAGGUCAUUAUGGAGACCAGACAGGUGGCCUGGACACGCACUGCCGACAAGACUGACGGAGUGUUGGACAUUUCUGAGAUCCGUGAGGUCCGUCCAGGAAGACACUCCAAGGACUUUGAAAGAUUUAAGGAUAACAAAGACAAACAGCAAGACAGCAAAAGUUUCACAAUCUUCUAUGGCAACCAGUUCGUUCUUAACACACUGAGUCUGGGGGCUGACACAGUAGAUGAUGCAGAGAAAUGGCUAACAGGACUGGAACUGCUCAGACAAGAGACACGACAGGCUCAUACGCCAGAGAUUAUAGAAAGUUGGCUACGAAAGCAGAUGUACUCUGUUGAUUCAACAAAGAAAAACAGCAUCACUCUGAAGGAGGUCAAGUCUUUGCUGCCUCAGAUCAACUUUAAAGUUCCUGGAGGGAGAUUUUUAAAGGAGAAAUUUCUGGCUGUUGGAGGGAAGAAAGAUGUUCUUGACUUUGAGCAGUUUCACAAAUUCUACAAUGAUUUAAUAUUUGAAAACCAGAAAAUGAUAUUGGAUGAGUUCAAAAGGGAGACCUGUGCCUUCAUCAUGGGUAACACAGAUAGACCAGAUUCCUCUGCAGUUUUACUCUUUGACUUUCAAAGAUUUCUUCUCUAUCAGCAAAAAGAGACAUGGGCUAACAACAUGAAUCAAGUCCGAGAGCUGAUGACCACCUUCAUCGAUGACAACAUGAGGAAGACCAAUGACCCAGAGUUCACUGUUGGCGAGUUCCUCAACUUUCUGUUCUCCAAAGAGAACUCCAUUUGGGAUGAGAAGUUCUCAGAGUUGUCAAGCUUGGAUAUGAACAAUCCUCUGUCUCACUAUUGGAUCAACUCUUCCCACAACACCUAUCUGACUGGUGACCAGGUGUGGAGCGAGUCUUCAACAGAGGCCUAUGUGCGCUGCCUGAGGAUGGGUUGCCGCUGUGUCGAGUUGGACUGCUGGAAUGGCCCAUCAGAUGAGCCCAUUAUAUACCACGGCUGGACAAGAACCACAAAGAUUAAAUUUAGAGAUGUAGUGAAGGCCAUCAAUGACCAUGCAUUUGUAGCAUCUGAGUACCCCUUGAUUCUGUCUAUAGAAGAGCACUGUGAUCUGAAGCAGCAGAAGCUGAUGGCACAAGUGUUCAGAGAAGUCUUCCAGGACAAGCUGCUUUCUGAUCCUGUGGAACUUGAAGCCGAACAGCUGCCCUCCCCCAAUCAGCUGAGGGGCAAGAUCAUCCUCAAGCAUAAAAAAUUGAAUAUUGGUGAAAGCUUUGGUCAAAGAAACCUACACUCAGGGGAGAAGCAGGGUGAGCUGUUUAUCUGGGACCCAAUAGAUCAGAAGUGGUAUAAGAACUACUGCGUGCUCUCAGAAAACAAGUUAUACUAUGCAGAGGAGAAUGAGACAGAUGAUGACCUUGGGAAGGUACAGAGUGGUACAGAACUGCACCAGUCUGAGCCCUGGUUCCACGGAAAAUUGUCUGAGGGUAGGCAAACUGCAGAGAGGCUGCUGCAGGAGUUCUGCGCCGAGUCUGGAGGCAAAGACGGAACAUUUCUUGUGCGGGACAGCGACACCUUCCGUACUGACUGUACCCUCUCCUUCUGGCGCACUGGAAGAGUUCAGCAUUGCCGGAUCCGUUCCGCCUCCGAUGCCGGUCACACUGUGUUUUUCCUGACGGACAACCUGCACUUUCCUAGUGUGUACUCUCUGAUCCAGCACUACAGGGAGAACCCACUCCGCUGCCACGACUUUAACCUGCGCCUCACCGACUUUGUACCUCGUCCCAACCAGCACCUUCAGGAGGGGUGGUUUUACAGUAACUUGAGCCGAGGUGAGGCAGAAGACUACCUGCUGAGGAUCCCUCGAGAUGGAGCUUUCCUUAUUAGACAGCGAGAAGAACCAGACACUUACGCUAUCACCUUCAGAGGUGAAGACAUGGUCAAGCACUGUCGAAUCCACAAAGACGGCCCCAUGUACGUGUUGGGGACCUCCAGUGAGUUUGAGAGCUUAGUGGAGCUGGUGAACUAUUUCCGCAAGAAGCCUCUGUACCGCAAGAUCAAACUCCGCUACCCCGUCACACCAGAGCUAGUGGAGCGCUUCAGCAUGGAGUGUAAAUCUGCUUCGCUUUAUGACAGUAAGCAGUAUGUGGAGGCCAAUGAAAUCGAGCCGUCUCUGACAAAGUGCACAGUGAAAGCCCUCUAUGAUUACAGAGCCAUGCGGCCAGAUGAGCUCAACUUCUGCCGAGGUGUUGUGAUCCACAAUGUUACCAAAGAGAGCAAUGGAUGGUGGAAAGGGGACUACGGUGGGAAAGUGCAGCUCUACUUUCCUGCUAACUAUGUAGAAGAGAUUGCUAACCCCUCUGCAGCCGAGGUUAAAGACCUGAUUGAUGAAGAUAACCCACUGGGUGAUCUAUGUAAGGGAGUGGUGGACAUUUCCAAAUGCAAUGUUGUGCGUUUAGCUAAGCAUGGCAGGCCUGUGGUGGUGACACUGCAGCAUAAAGACAGUAAGGAGAACAUGCUGCCCUUUGACUUGGCAACAGAGACCACAGAAGAGCUGUAUGAAUGGUACCAGGUGGCCUGGGACAUCAGCCAGAGAGUGGAGAACCAAAAAUUCGAGAAAAACAAGCAAAAAGAACUGGAAUCUAAAAAUGUGGUGGCCAAAGAGAUGUCAGACCUGGUUGUGUACUGUCAGCCCCGCAGCAAAGAUAAAGAAAGCUUUGAUAAUUAUACCUAUAAAGAGGUCCGCUCCUUUGUGGAGAACAAGGUCCCCAUCAAGCACAGGCCGAAUGAAUACCUGAGGUAUAACCGCAAAGCACUCAGCCGCAUCUACCCCCAACCUCAGCGAAUGGAUUCCUCCAACUUCGACCCGUACCCGCUGUGGAUGUACGGCUGCCACAUGGUAGCUCUCAACUUUCAAACUGCUGAUAAGUUUACUCAGCUGAACAGUGCCCUCUUCAGCCUGAACGCCGGCACAGGCUACGUGCUACAGCCGGAGCUCAUGCGCUCAGAAGGCUAUGAUCCUCAGCAGGAGAACACCUCUGUCAAAUUCACCCUGUCUGUCAGAGUGAUAGCAGCCAGGCAUCUGCCCAAGCCAGGCCGCAGCAUUGUCAGCCCUUUUGUGGAGAUCGAGCUGUUGUGUGGUCAGAAGGAAAACGCCAAGUUCAAGACCACAGUUUGCCAUGAUAACGGGCUGAACCCCGUGUGGCUCGGGCCUCAUCGACAGGAUAGUGACUCUGAGACUGUGACCUUCACUGUAUAUGAACCCGAGUUCAGCUUUCUGCGCUUUGUUGUCUUUGAGGAGGACAUGUUCUCUGACCCUAACUUCCUCGCCCAGGCUACCUUUCCUGUGAAAGGUGUUCGCUCAGGAUACCGUUCAGUUCCUCUGAACAACGGCUACAGCGAGAGCCUGGAGCUCGCUUCUCUUCUAGUGUAUGUUGACAUACAGCAGGUGGAGAAAGCAGAAGAAGAGUUGUACUCCUCCUCCAGCCAGUUGCGAAAGAGACAAGCCGAGCUGAGCAACGAGCUCUUCCUGUACGACACACACACGAGCCUACAGCGCUCAGCACCCUCCCACCGCAGAGAUUACCUCAUGCAGGAGCUCAACUCCAACGAGAAGCAGCUCCAGAGUAUCAACGACACAUGCAAACAGAAGAUGAAAGAAAAGAAAAUCAAUAACAGCAAGUUCUACUCCUGAAGGAAGAGCUUUCCAGUUUUGUCCUCUCCUGCCCACUCGCUGCACAUCUGCUUCAGAGGCCUCCUCUCCCUGACUCCGCCCCUUUACUGCUGAUGCUCUUUCAGACUGGGCUAAAGCAGACUAAAUGGAAGUUGUGACCAUUUUUGCUUUCAGCCCAAAGGUGUGGAGAUGGCCAGAGCAGCACAGAUUGGAUUGGUGAAUUCAGUGUCCAAAACGAAGACCCCUCACUAGAGCUGAGCGAGAGAAGAGUUUCUUUUAGACUAAAUAUUUUAUUCAGCUGAACUGUGUUAGUUAAAUUCUGACUCAUUUGUUUGAAAUUUAAUAAUAAAUGUUCUUGGUUUCAGUGCGGA